AUGUCGUUGCCGAGCUAUGAUCCAAACGACAAUGAAGCUGGUAUUAAGCUUUUGGAGGAACUGACAACAAAUGCAGACUUAGUACAACAACAGGUCUUGGAAGAGAUACUCACCACAAACUCAGACACAGAGUAUCUCAGUAGCUUUCUCAAUGGCCACUCUGAUAAGCAACUCUUCAAGACCAAACUCCCCAUUGUUGAUUACCAAGAUAUCCAGCCUUAUAUCGAACGAAUCGCUCACGGUGACAAAUCACACAUCAUUUCAGCCAAACCAAUAACCGAGCUCCUCACCAGCUCGGGAACUUCAGGAGGGAAGCCGAAGAUGAUGCCUUCCACUGCAGAGGAGUUGGACAGAAAGACAUUCUUCUACAAUCUACUUGUGCCGGUCCUGAACAAGUACGUGGAGGGGUUGGAGCAUGGGAAAGGAAUGUACUUGCUGUUUGUAAAACCGGAGAUUCGGACGAGUUCGGGGCUAAUGGCGAGACCGGUUCUAACAAGCUACUACAAGAGCAGCAACUUCCGAAAGCGGCCUUUCAACCGCUACAACGUCUUCACCAGCCCUGAUGAGACCAUACUCUGCCCCGACACCAAGCAGAGCAUGUACUGCCAGUUGCUCUGCGGUUUAGUGCAGCGCCACGAGGUUUUGAGAGUCGGCGCGGUUUUCGCCUCUGCUUUGCUGCGCGCUAUUAAGUUCUUAGAGGAUUUCUGGAGAGACUUGUGUUCGGACAUCAGAUCAGGCCGUCUCAGCGACUGGAUCGCCGAUGGCGGUUGCAGGGAAGCACUAUCUUGUGUUCUGAAGAAACCGAAUCCAGAGCUGGCGGAUGCGAUUGAAAGAGAGUGCGGCGGCGGGGGGUCGUGGGAGGGGAUAAUUCGGAGAAUGUGGCCGAGGACCAAGUUGGUAGAGGUCAUCGUGACGGGGUCCAUGGCUCAGUACAUCUCAACUCUUGAAUUCUAUAGCGGAGGCCUGCCUUUGGUGUCCACAAUGUAUGCCUCUUCGGAAUGCUACUUUGGCAUCAAUUUUAAGCCUCUGAGCAAGCCUUGUGACGUCUCCUACACUCUCAUUCCCAACAUGGCCUACUUUGAGUUCUUACCACUUCUCAAUGACCGCGACCGCGACUACUGCAACGGCCAGGUUGUGAAAUCCCAAGCAGUCGAUCUCGUCGAUGUGAAGCUCGGUCGCUAUUACGAACUUGUGGUCACAACUUUCACCGGGUUGUACAGAUUCAGAGUGGGAGACAUUCUAAUGGUGACGGGAUUCCACAACAAGGCACCUCAGUUCCGAUUCGUGCAGCGGAGAAACGUGGUGCUGAGCAUCGACACCGACAAGACCAACGAAGAAGACCUCUUAAACGCCAUGAACCGAGCCAAGCUGUUGCUUCACCCGCUGGGGCUGCUUCUGACCGACUACACCAGCUACGCCGACACCUCCUCAAUCCCGGGCCAUUACGUGCUGUUUUGGGAGCUAACUCAUGACUCCUCCAAACCAAACCUCCUAGUACGUGAUUCACUCGACAGUUGUUUGAUGGAGGAAUGUUGUUGGAGUGUGGAAGAGUCGUUGGACUCGGUGUACAGAAGGUGCAGGAGAAAGGACAAGUCCAUCGGCCCCUUGGAGAUCAGAGUUGUCCGCUGCGGUACCUUCGACGCGCUUAUGGACUUGUGCGUGUCUCGGGGAUCUUCACUCAACCAAUACAAGACUCCGCGCUGUAUUAAAUCAGACGAAGCCCUUCACAUUUUGGAUUCAAGAGUUGUCGCCAGAUUUUUCAGUCCAACAACUCCCUCCUGGGAGCCCACCCCUUUGGAUUAA